AUGAAAUUUACAUUAAUUCUUCUUGUUCUCGUCACCAUAGUUUUCAACAUCUUUGCUGUCACUGGGGCAAAUCUGGGACGGAAAAGAGAUGUUCCUCUUUUUUCAGGUUGGAAGGAAGGAAUUGUUGCUGAAAAUGCAAACUCAUCUCUGGUGAAAAGGGAGAAGGGUUGUGCAAACGGUUAUUCUCCAUGUCCAUCUGGAGGAUGUUGUCCUACUGGUGUAGAAUGUUUAGCUGAUAAAUGCAAUAUUAGAUGUCAGUCUAGUGAUCCAGUUUGUGGUGAUGGUUGUUGUAAACCAGGUAAAAUUUGUUGCACCGGUGAAACUGUUAAUUUUUGCUGUCAAGCAGGCCAAACCUGUGGUAGUUCAGACUAC